AUGCUUGAGCCAGGCUUGCACAAUACGCAUCACACAGAUAGACACACACAAGACUGCAGAAAACCUCAGAACCAAGCCAAAGACGACGCAGAGAGAGAGUCUAGACGACCGAGUCAGUUCGCACACAAGCCACAGUCGUCGGCCACUCACAGACGCCACCCGUCGCUCGUCGGUCACGCGUUGCAGACCAAAGAGUUCACAGAACAGAGUUCAAGUCUUCCACAAGUCGCGCACACUCACACAGCCACAGUCGGCUCUCAAGUUCGGUUUUCACACUCGCGGCGUCCCAGAACAGAGUCUACUCGAGUUCACUUCUACAGUUCCACUUCCACUCUUCCAGUUCGAGCACAGUCUGAAUCGCUUCGUUGCGGUCUGGAGCUUCGGUUGCAAGAAACAUAUAUGGAGUUGAUGGAUGUUCAUGAUGAUGAUGAGCAACCUAAGAAUAACAAGCCGGAAUUGAUUAACAAUGCUCAUGUAACUAUGGAUUCAAAUCAACAAAAAGAGAAAGAGAAAGAGCAACAGAACGAUCAAGAGCAAGAGAAAGACAAAGGUGAAAAGCAACCAGAAAAUUCAAAAGUUACAGGUAAAAGAAAACCAACUAGACCUGAAUCUUGGGUAUGGAGUCAUUUUACUUUGAUGGAGGGUUGUGAUCCUGAAUUUCCAAGGGCCACAUGUAAUUGGUGUGGCUUUGAUUAUGCUUGUCAUAAAAAAAGAAAUGGCACUUCUAACAUGGCAACACAUUUAGAAGAAAGAUGCAAGAAAUUUGGUGUUAGAGAUACAGAUCCUAAACAACCUAAACUUUCCUUCCAACCAAAAAAAAAAGAAGAAGGAGAAGGUUGUGGAACUAGUUUGAAGGGGGUGACAUUUGAUCUUAAUUCUUGUAGGCAAGCUCUUGCUAGAAUGAUAAUUGUUGAUGAGUUGCCUUUUAAAUUUGUUGAGAAUGAAGGUUUUCAAUAUUUCAUGAGUAUUGCACAACCUCUAUUUCCCCUUCCAUCACGUACUACAGUAGCUAGAGAUUGCUUGAGUCUUUACUUGUCUGAACAAGCUAAGUUGAGGAAUGUAUUUUGUAAAUCAAAACAAAGUGUUUGUUUGACCACUGAUUGCUGGACAUCUUUACAAAAUAUGAAUUACUUAUGCCUCACUGGACAUUUCAUUGAUGAUGAGUGGAAAUUGCAUAAAAGAAUUUUGAACUUUUGUCAAAUUGCUGAUCAUAAAGGUGAAACUAUUGGUGAAUUGAUUGAGAAGUAUUUGUUGAGUUGGGGAAUUGAUAGAGUUUUUACAGUUACAGUUGAUAAUGCCUCAAGUAAUGACACUGCUAUAUCUUAUGUUAAAGAUAGGAUACUUGAUUGGAAUGGGCACAUUAUGAAAGGAGAAUACAUGCAUGUUAGAUGUUGUGCGCACAUCUUGAAUUUAGUUGUUAAUGAUGGGUUGAAAGAGAUUGGUGAUACUUUAACAAGAAUUAGAAAUGCAGUUCGAUAUAUUCGUGCAUCACCAUUACGGUUCCAAAAGUUCAGGUCUUGUGUAGAGCAAACAAGAAUUCAAGAAAAGGAUAUUGUGAAGUUAGAUUGUCCUACAAGAUGGAAUUCUACUUACAUGAUGCUUGAAAGUGCCUUGAAAUUUCAAAAGGCAUUCAAGAGAUUAGAAGAAAAGGAUACUACUUUUGCAAUUGAUAAGGAAGGACCCCCAACCAUAAAGGAUUGGGAAAAUGCACGUGUUUUUGUCAAAUUCUUGAAAAUAUUUUUUGAUGUCACCAAAAAAGUCUCUGGCUCAUUGUAUGUUACAUCUUCUCAAUAUUUUCAUGAGUUUUGCUUGGUAGUAAAGACUUUGAAUGAUAUGUGUCUAAGUGAUGAUCCUUUGUUGAAUUCAAUGGCAAGGAAGAUGAAACAAAAACAUGACAAGUAUUGGGGGAAUGUUGAUAAUUUGAAUAUGAUGAUCUUUAUAGCUGUGGUACUUGAUCCUAGGUACAAGUUGAAAUUUGUGGAGCGGAGUUUGAAAAAACUCUACGAUGAAGAUAUGGCUGAAUAUUUCACUAGGCAGGUGAAAGAGUUGCUUUUCAAGAUGUAUGAUAGAUACAAGUCUUUUCAUGGCCUUAAAAAAAGUUCAACCAAUACUCAAUCCCAAUUUGAUAAAGUUAUGAAUGAAGAUGAUAAUGUUGAAAAUCAAUCAGAGUUGGACCUCUACUUGAUGGAGACUAGAGAAAAAACAAAUCCCAAAUUUGACAUACUUAAUUGGUGGAAAGUGAAUUCAUCUAAAUAUCCUGUCAUUGGACAAAUUGCUAGGGAUGUAUUAGCCAUGCCUAUCUCCACUGUAGCUUCUGAAUCUGCUUUCAGUACUGGGGGUCGUAUACUAAAUGAGUAUAGAUGUUCAUUGACACACAUUUACUUUAACCUGAAACACAAUCCUUCCACCCAUACCUAUUCAUACAACAUCCCAGGUUUGGACGUGAUUAUCAGUAUGGAGUGGUUGAUGGCAAAUAAUGCCACCUUGGACUGUGCUAGGAAGAUAGUUUUGUUACUGGUACAUACUACAUCGACUAAUAUUUCUUAUGAGUCUAAGCUCUUAUUAGUGGUACAAGUAGAGAAAUUGAUGCAACAAGGGUGUAUGGCUUAUAUGGUUUUCUUCUCAAUGCAUGGGGUCUACAAUAGAAGUAUUGAUAAGAUUGGGGUAGUGAAUGAAUUCCCUGAGGUAUUUACAGAUGAUAUAUCUAGUUUGCCUCCAAAAAGGGAAUUGGAGUUCACCAUAGACAUAGUGCCAGGAACUAAACUAAUCUCAAAGGCACCAUAUCGAAUGUCACCAACUGAGCUGGCUGAGUUGAAGAAGCAGAUAGAGGAGUUACUUGAAUAG